AGGGCAUUUAGGUUCAACCGGCUUCAGUAGGAGCUGUGGAGAUCGUGUGAGCUCCACAAUGGCGAUGAUGCCAAUGGACCUGCCAUGCGGUGCGACCAUGGAGCUCCGCGAAGGAUCCUUACGCAUGUCCAUCAACAUCAAUUUCCCGAAGGAGCUGCUUCAGGCGCUCUCUUCGCCUGCACCGGUGCCUGCGCCUCUCCCCAAAGCGGACACCGCACCACGCUCCGCGCAGCCCGAGCAGUCCGAGCCGCAGCCCGAGCAGCCCGAGCCACAGCCCGAGCAGCCCGAGCUGCAGCCUUUGCGUGCGACAAACAUGGCGUGGGGAGGGAAUUGGGAGGCGCUGGGCACAGCCGUGCGGAUCUCCAACCUUUCAAAGAGGAUGAACGCUGAGCAAGUGAAGGAACUCUUUGAGGAGGGAAAAAGGGGG